CCAGGUGUGUCCCCUGUGCCAGGUGUGUCCCCUGAGCCAGGUGUGUCACCCCCCUCCCCAUUUCCUGUAUCCGGGGGGGGUCAAAGUCCACUCCCCGCCCAGGGAGGGGCCGGAAAUGGGGGGGGGGCCCACGUGGGGGGGUAUAAAGAGCCCCCCACGUUGUCACCAGUUCACCAGUGCCACCAGUGCCACCAGUGCCACCAACCAUGGCCUUCGUCCCCGCGCCCGGGUACCUGCCCGCCUACAACCCGCCCCUGCCCUACGUGGCCCCCGUGCCCGGGGGGCUCCAUCCCGGGAUGGCCAUUUAUGUGCAGGGGGUGGUGGCCCACCACGCCAAAAGUUUCCGCGUGAACCUGGCCUCUGGCCCCGAGGAGGGGGCGGACGUGGCCCUGCACGUGAACCCCCGUUUCUCGGGGGGGGUCCUGGUGCUCAACAGCCGCCGGGGGAAGCACUGGGGGGACGAGCAGCGCCAGGACCCCCAACCCCUGCACCCGGGGGGGCCCUUCGAGCUCGUCAUCAACGUCACCCCCCACGGAUACCGC